AUUGGCAACAUUGGUAUCAAAGUAUACGUUCGAUUGUGUGCGUGAGUAGCUGUCGACGAACCAAAUUGAUAAGUUUGUUUUGUCAAAAAAAUAAUACCAAUUUAUAAAUUCAACGGACCUCAAACCAUGUGACAAGUGACAAAUAAAAAUGAUAAACAGUUCAAUAGUUUAAAUGAAACACAAAUCAACACCACGUUUUGAAUAAGUUUCGGUGGUAAAAUGAAGUGUAUUGUUGGGAGUCUCGGUGGAUGUCACACGCGAUCUCACUUUGAGGAGGUCUCAGCAAUUGAGUAAAUUUUCGAGGAGGAAUCGUUACAUGUACGCAGCGGGAAUGACAAUAAUGGCAGUUUCUGUUGGCGAAAUUUGCGAGAACACCAAGCUGGCUCGGGAGAUGGCCCUCACGGGUAAUUACGAGUCAGCGCUGGUGUACUACGAAGGGACAGUUCAGAUGAUACAUAGACUGCUGGUAACCAUCGCAGACCCCACACGCAAGUCCAAGUGGCAGUUGGUACAAAAACAGAUGGCGCGCGAGUACGAACAGCUAAAGGCGACGGUGGCCACGCUGCAGAUGUUCCAGCACGAGGGGGAGAAGGCGAUCACGCCUAUGACUGGCAACUACGAUGACUUCCCAACGCGAGACCAGAUAUGGGGCCCGGCGCCACACGAGCUCGAUCCUGACAUAUGGCCGCCGCCGCCGGACCGGGACCCCAAUGCUUGGCCCCCGCCCACCAGCGUCGAACACAAAGGUCCUCCGCCAUUGCGCUCGGCGCGCAAUAACCCCCGCACCGCGCCGACCAAGAAAGCAACCGGCAAGCAAGCAACCACGUCGCAACGCAAAACGUCAGACGCGCGGAACCCCAAGCUCGCGGCAAAUAAGAACCACAGUCACAGUGCAAGGUCAAAAGAGGCCAACAGCAAAGAGCCCGCGGGCGGCAAAGACAAACAGGACCGCGACAACAACAACGGAGACACAGACGACGAGAAACACAAUAAGGAGGACGAGCGGCGGUUCGAGCCGGCCGCGGCCUGCGACGGGGACCUCGUGGACAUGCUCGAGCGGGAUAUAGUACAAAAGAACCCCAACAUCCGGUGGGAUGACAUCGCGGAUUUAUCAGAAGCCAAGCGGUUGCUAGAGGAGGCCGUAGUCUUGCCAAUGUGGAUGCCUGACUUCUUCAAGGGCAUCCGGCGGCCGUGGAAAGGCGUGCUGAUGGUGGGUCCGCCGGGCACGGGCAAGACCAUGCUGGCCAAGGCCGUGGCCACGGAGUGCGGGACCACCUUCUUCAACGUGUCCUCCUCCACGCUCACUUCCAAGUACCGCGGCGAGUCCGAGAAGCUCGUGCGGCUGCUCUUUGAAAUGGCGCGGUUCUACGCGCCGAGCACAAUCUUCAUCGACGAGAUCGACUCCCUGUGCUCGCGGCGCGGCUCCGACAGCGAGCACGAGGCGUCGCGCCGCGUCAAGUCCGAGCUGCUCGUGCAGAUGGACGGCCUCGGCUCCGCUACUGAUGAACCCCACAAGGUGGUGAUGGUCCUGGCGGCGACGAACUUCCCCUGGGACAUCGACGAGGCGCUGCGGCGGCGGCUGGAGAAGCGCAUCUACAUCCCGCUGCCCACGCAGGAGGGCCGCGAGGCGCUGCUCGCCAUCAACCUCAAGGAGGUCAAGCUGGACCCCGGCGUCGACCUCGCCUGCAUCGCCAGGAAGCUGGACGGCUACUCCGGCGCCGACAUCACCAAUGUCUGCCGAGACGCGUCGAUGAUGUCGAUGCGGCGCAAGAUCGCCGGGCUGAAGCCCGAGCAGAUCAAGCAGCUGGCCAAGGAGGAGCUGGACCUGCCCGUCACCAAGGCCGACUUCCUGGACGCGCUGCACAAGUGCAACAAGUCCGUGUCCAAGGGCGACAUACAGAAGUACCUGUCGUGGAUGGCAGAGUUCGGCUCUUCUUGAUUGUUGGUCUAGACUCGCGACGGACGUUAUGUGAGCAAGGACGGUUGUUGUUGCGGCACUGAUAAAAAAUAUGCAAUAAGUUCUACACUAACUCUAACAAAUCACUCUAAAAAGGUUCGACAGCUGCAGGCAAAUGACUGGCGUUAUCCACGGGAUAUGUGGCGUUCCAUGCCUAAAGGGCCCUUUUACUCCUUGUGCAUAAGGACCUUUCUCUAAUGGAUAGCCACAAACUUCACUUUCAAGCAAGCUCGGUUCUCCAUAUAAACGUAGUUAUGCUUUCAUUUUAAAACGAUUAGCUAGAUUGCUCUGAAAUUUUGUACUUACUAUAGGGUAAGGAUAUCUACUAUAUCUAGUCCUGUAAUUAGUUUAUGUACCUGUAGAUACCAUAGUAAAAAAAAUACAGCGAAUUUAAGUUGUUCAUACAAAACUUGUUUUUGCUUUAUUUCGUUUAUAAACUGGAGUUAUAUAAACUAAUUACAGGACUAGAUAUACAUCUAUCAUUAUAUGUGCAAAGUUUCAUUACAAUCCAACGCGUAGUUUUAAAAUGAGAACGAUACUCCGUUUGUAUGGAAAGGCGAAAUUCGGCCGAGCUUGCCGGGGACUUUUAAUCCCCCGACAGAAACUAUAAUUAUCACACUGUGACGUAGACAAUCCGACCAUCGCAUACAUACUGAUGUAGCUGUACGGCUCCAUACAAUACAGUAACUUAAGUUACCAUAAAACGUACGGCGCUGUAUACUGUCAUCUUUAGCUGUCAAACUCAAGGUCACUAUAUUUUCUGGAACAUUCAACUCUUCUACUAUAGAAUGCGUUGGUCAAUGUCUGGCUCAUAGGUCAAUGAUGUCCCAGAAGAAUUUGGGAGAUGUUUAAAAUUAGUUUUAUUAAAUUUGUUUUUUCUUUGUGCUUGAUAUUUGUAUCAGUGUCGCAAAAACAGCUAGCUCAUGGGGAAGACACCGCGCCUCGACAUUUUCACAUGUAGCCAGUUCUGAGUGUUCCAAACACCACAUUUUUAUACACAUUUCAGUGCAAGAAAUUACAAUUUUGGUCGCGUGUGCAUGUAAUAUGUGAUCAAUGCAUAUUUCAAAACUUACAAAUUAGUAACUUCUAGUACUGAAACCGAUUUGACCUAAACAGAAAUAUCCAACAACACCAAGUGAAAAUUUGUCGCAAUUUGGGUAUAUGAAAUUAUCCGCUACUGUUAUAUUUCGUGUCAUCCACGAUGACGCGUAGAUUUGUCAAAUCUAACCUUAAAUACACGACAAUACAUGUCAAGACACGUGUCCUCGUGAAAAACACGACCUAGCAAGGGCCCUCAGAACCCCACAGAAAUCUAAUAUCAAGAAAAAUAUUCCGUUACUGUUUCGAAUUGUGAUUUAAUUGCAAAAAGUGUGAAUGACUGCCUUAUUAACUCAUAGACGUAAGCUAUCGGAGCAACAUUAGGACUGUUUCAGUAUUAAUAAAACAAGUAUAACAUUUUAUAGUGGCAUAUCGAAAUUGUUUAAUAAUAAGUGUCAGUAAAAAGUAGAAAUCGAUUAUCAAGAGGAAUACAUUCCCAUUUGAAAAUAAUAUAAUUAAUAGGCUCUAACCUAAAAAGUGUAAAAAUUUGGCAUUUUAACCUUUAAAAAGAUACACUAUUUUUACAAGAUAAAUCCAUAGUUUUACAUAGCACAAACCGUAAUGAAAUAGGAAUGUACAAUAUUUUUAAAAGCCAGUUCGCUAUAUAAUAUCCCCAUAGAUCUGCAGUUUCUGUUCAUCCAGUAACCGCUUGGCUGUAAAUUAAACGUCUUAUUUAGACAUUAGUACGGAGUGAACUUUAAUGAGUUGGAUCGAAAAUGAUGCGUGCUUUCUUAUUAUUAAUAAUUUAAAGCAGAUAUAUUUGCGAGUACGCAUCACUUUCUUUAAAAAACGAAACAUUCUUGGGACAAAUCUGUUACUUUGUUAUUGUUUUAGAGCAGUGAUCUUUGUACUUAUUAGGUUAAAUUCGAGAUUUGUUUAUUUGUUAAGAAAUAAUUAUAUGCCAUAACUAAUUUAUGUGUACUUUUUAUAGAUUUAUAUUGAAAAAAAAAUCGUAACGUUAUUUUGAUAAGUAUGAAUUAUAUAUUUGGCAUUUAUUCAUAAUUUAGCUCAACUAAAAUCUAGAAUUGUUUUGAAUUUUUUUUUUAUAGAAGAUUAUGAAUACCUUUAUAGUCUGUAUGACCAACAAUGGUUGUUUUGUACAUAAACCCAACAUAAUCUUCCCGCGACCACCGCAUGCAUGUGCCUAAUGCUUUUAUUAUCUAUGACAUGUUUUUUAUGGAAAUAAAUUUAAAUUCUUUAAUAAAACGCAAUAGAAAAACUAAAUCUUAACGAUAAAGGCGAUAAUUAUCAUUUUAAAUUUGCUACAUAAAUAUCUCGAAAGAAUUUAUGAUUUGUGUUCAACCUUGGGUUGCUAGUUUAAGAAUAUGAUUGUUAUUACCUCUAAGAUCUCUUAAAUAAUAUAAUAGUAAUAAUAUUCUUGAGCUUGUAAAGCCUAAACGUUCAUUAUAAUUAGUGGUCCUCUAACUGUAAAAUGAUUGCGUAGCACAGAUACGAUACUUAGUAAAUCAUUCAUAGUAAUCAUUGUGAGAGUGAAAGAUGCUACCCCAGUACAAUAUCCAACCCUAAAAACGUUUUUUUUUAUUAUUUCAAGGUAAAGAUUCUCUUUAUUGUUAAAAAACUGAUGAGAAAGUUGCAAAUAUCCCAACAUUUUUUUAAUUCUUUAUAAUUAAUAAGGAUCUGCCGAAGUUUUCCCGAGGGUAUACGGUAUGGGGUUCUUCAAAAAAGGAGUAGUGUAUAUGUUUUUAAAGGGUCGGCAGCGCGCAUGUAACACCUCUGGAGUUGCAGGCGUCCAUAGGCUACGGUGACUGUUUACCAUCAGGCGGACCGUGUGCUUGUUUGCCACCGACGCGGUAUAAAAAAAUCUACAUCUGCAAAUGCAGAACAUUACAAAUGAAAAUUGUACAAUCAAAUAUUUUACAAGUUAGAGGGUCCAGGAUCUAUUUUUCCAAUCUUGUUAACAAAUCUUGCGUUAAAAAUAGAUGAAAUAAAACCAUUUUAAUAAUGAA